AUGAGCAUUUGCCAGAUGGUGACAGCAGGUGCUCUGGCCUGCCAGUGCUUUCUCCCCACGUGCGACGAAGCAGAAAGAGCUCCAGGAACGGGAACAGUUUGCCCAACCAGUGGCCAUGCCGUGGAUAGAAUUCCCAGGUGCAAGACAGACAGUGCCCCUCACUUUCCAGCGCUUUGGGAGGCCGAGUUGCAGAGCUACUUUGCUGCGUGUGAGGAUGAGACCCCUGCUAUCCGGAACCAUGACAAGGUCCUGCAACGUCUGUGUGAGCACCUGGACCAUGCCCUGCUGUAUGGACUGCAAGACCUCUCAUCUGGCUACUGGGUGCUCGUGGUGCAUUUCACUCGGAAAGAGGCCAUCAAGCAGAUCGAGGUGCUGCAGCAUGUGGCCACCAACCUGGGGCGCAGCCGGGCCUGGCUGUACCUGGCCCUCAACGAGAACUCCUUGGAGAGCUACCUGCGGCUGUUCCAGGAGAACCUGGGGCUACUGCACAAGUACUACGUCAAGAACGCCCUGGUCUGCAGCCACGAUCACCUGACACUCUUCCUGACCUUGGUGUCCGGGCUGGAGUUCAUUCGAUUCAACCUGGAUCUGGACGCCCCUUACCUAGACCUGGCCCCCUACAUGCCUGACUACUACAAACCUCAGUACCUGCUGGACUUUGAAGACCGCCUUCCCAGCUCAGUCCACGGCUCAGACAGCCUAUCCCUCAACUCCUUCAACUCCGUCACCUCCACCAACCUGGAGUGGGAUGACAGUGCAAUUGCCCCAUCUAGUGAGGAUUAUGAUUUUGGAGAUGUGUUCCCAGCAGUGCCGUCUGUACCCAGCACAGACUGGGAAGAUGGAGAUCUCACAGACACUGUCAGUGGCCCCCGCUCUACGGCCUCAGACCUGGCCAGCAGUAAGGCCUCCACCCGGAGCCCCACCCAGCGGUACAACCCCUUCAAUGAGGAGCAGGCAGAGACGGUGUCCUCCUCUGACACCACCCCUGUGCACACCACCUCACAGGAGAAGGGAGAGUCCCAGGCCCUGGACCUGCCAGACACCUGCACAGAACUCGAGGUCAUCAGGGUCACCAAGAAGAAGAAAAUUGGCAAGAAGAAGAAGGCCAGAUCGGAUGAGGAAGCAAGUCCCCUUCACCCUGCCUCUAGCCAGCAGAAAUGUGCCAAGCAGGAAGAUGGAGACGGCCUGGUCAGCAGCCCGGGCCCUGGGCAGGACUCGCCAGACACCAUGCUCGCCUCCCCGCAGGAGGAGGGAGACCGGCUAAGCAGCACGGCAGAGAGCAGCGAGCGCUCGGAGCUCGGCCAAAUGGGCCUGCUGAUCCCCGAGAUGAAGGACACCUCCAUGGAGCGCUUGGGACAGCCCCUGAGCAAGGUCAUCGACCAGCUCCAUGGGCAGCUGGACCCCAGCACCUGGUGUUCCCACGUUGAGCCCCCAGACCAGUCCUUUCGGACCGGCUCUCCCGGGGAUGCCCCGGAGAGGCCGCCGUUGGGCGACCUUAGUGAGGGGCUUUCAGCCCCAAUGGACUUCUACCGCUUUACCGUCGAGAGUCCAAGUGCUGUUACAUCAGGUGGCAGCAACCAUGACCCUGCAGGGCCUGGCCAACCGCUGCAUGUUCCUGGUAGCCCUGAGACUGCUGGCCAAGAAGAAGAGGGAGGAGGAGGAGAGGGACAGACACCUCGGCCCUUAGAGGACACCACGAGGGAGGCUCGGGACCUGGUCAGGGAGGGGCCUGUGCCCGAGCCGGAACCUGGGACCCAGGAAACUCUUAGCCGGCUCAAGCAAGACCAGCCCAGCCCGUGUCUGAGCAGCGCUGAGGACUCUGGGGUGGAUGAGGGCCAGGGGAGCCCUUCUGAGAUGGUCCAUUCAUCAGAGUUCAGAGUGGACAACAAUCACCUGCUCCUGCUGAUGAUCCACGUGUUUCGAGAAAACGAAGAGCAGCUGUUCAAAAUGAUCCGGAUGAGCACCGGGCACAUGGAGGGCAACCUGCAGCUGCUCUACGUGCUGCUCACAGACUGCUAUGUCUACCUGCUCCGGAAAGGGGCCACAGAGAAGCCAUACCUGGUGGAAGAGGCUGUUUCUUACAAUGAACUUGACUAUGUGUCGGUUGGCCUCGACCAGCAGACGGUGAAGCUGGUAUGCACCAACCGCAGGAAGCAGUUUCUGCUGGACACAGCUGACGUGGCCCUGGCUGAGUUCUUUCUGGCUUCUUUGAAGUCAGCCAUGAUCAAAGGCUGUCGGGAACCACCCUACCCCAGCAUCCUGACUGAUGCCACCAUGGAGAAGCUGGCACUGGCCAAAUUUGUGGCCCAGGAGUCUAAGUGUGAGGCAUCCGCUGUUAUUGUGCACUUCUACGGGCUUGUGCACUGGGAGGACCCCACAGAAGAGUCCCUGGGCCCUGUCCCCUGCCACUGCUCACUCCCCGAGGGCAUCAUCACCAAAGAAGGCAUGCUGCACUACAAGGCGGGCACCUCCUACCUGGGCAAGGAACACUGGAAGGCAUGCUUCGUGGUGCUCAGCAACGGGAUCCUCUACCAGUAUCCCGACCGCACUGAUGUCAUCCCUCUGCUCUCGGUGAACAUGGGGGGGGAGCAGUGCGGUGGCUGCCGGAGGUCCACCACCACGGAUCGGCCCCACGCCUUCCAGGUCAUUCUCGCCGACCGGCCCUGCCUGGAGCUGAGCGCUGAGUGCGAGGCCGAGAUGGCUGACUGGAUGCAACACCUCUGCCAGGCCGUGUCCAAAGGGGUCAUCCCCCAGGGGGUGGCUCCCAGCCCCUGCAUCCCCUGCUGCCUGGUCCUCACCAACAGCCGCCUCUUCACGUGCCACGAGGAUUGCCAGACCAGCUUCUUCCGUUCCCUGGGCACAGCCAAGUUGGCCGACAUCAGCACCGUCUCCACCGAGCCGGGCAAGGAGUACUGUGUCUUGGAGUUCUCCCAGGACAGCCAGCAGCUGCUGCCACCCUGGGUCAUCUACCUGAGCUGCCCUUCGGAACUGGACCGAUUCCUGUCUGCACUGCACUCAGGGUGGAAAACCAUCUACCAGGUGGACCUCCCCCACAAGGCGAUCCAGGAAACCUCCAACAAGAAGAAAUUCGAGGAUGCCCUGAGCCUCAUCCACAGCGCCUGGCAGAGGAGUGACAGCCUCUGCCGCGGCCGAGCCUCCCGGGACCCCUGGUGCUGAGGCGGGCUGGUUGGCGCCCCUAACGGGGCGGAGAAAGGGGCACCCUGGCCAGCAGGCACAGUCGUGCUGUCAUCGUGCUGCUCAGGGGCCCACGGCCCACCUCUGCCCCAAGCGGCAGGGCCACCGAGUGUAGCUUCAGACAGGGUCUCUCCACUCCAGGGAUCCAGAAUGGUGGCAACACCCCUGGGCAUUCUGCUCCACAGAUAGCAACCGGAGAUGGCUAGGGGCACAGGAUCCGAGCCCUGUGGGCUCUGCGGACGUGCAGCCUCCCCCAGGCCUCCUCCUUGGUCUGCACCAUCUCUGCAGAAUGGCGAUGAGAAUAAUCCAUCUAAGGGGAGCGAUAGAACCUGGAGAGCAGGGCGCCCUCUUUGCCUCCUGGGUCAGGAGUCCGGGCAGAGGCUCAGGGCUGCCUGGGGGCCCUGAGCGCCCGGCCAUCCUUGUUCAUUUUUGAACACGCCCCUGGCCGUGCAGGGACGUGGGAGUACUGGGUGUCUGUGCAUGCUUCCUCCCACCAACUCCAGCCCCACGCGCACAGCUGUCUGCCUCGCCACACUGGCGUCGGGCCGACAGCCCUCCCUGCUGCCAGGAGGCCCUGCAUGACCACACCCUGCCCUGCCUCUCCCCCCACCCGCAGUGCCUGUAGCACCCAGGGGCAGAGGGGAGGGGAGGGCCUGGAGGGGGCAGAGCCCACCACCGGUGUCGACAUCUCCUGACUAUCCCUGCUUGGCUGGAGUUGGCCCUUCCCUGGAGCUUUGUCCAGAGCCUUCUGGGGAAGGGGUCAGGCGGUUUGGGGUUUGUUUUUUAAAAUAAAAUGAACACGUUAUAUUGCC